AUGACGGCCGUCUCACGCGUGACCCGGUCUACCACAAGGAAAGCGAUCGCAGAAGCUCAAACCAAGUUAUCGGCAUCUUCUGCUAAGCUCACAUCCAAGCAAACAGCGGGACCGCUCGAGGAUGAAGAGCGUCGUCCUCGGAAGAAGCGUUCGAAGGCUCGUGUCGGAGCUUCCUCCCAGGAUGAUGGCCAGUCCCUCAAGACCGCGUCGCAAGAUCCAACUCGACCGUUCGUAUUAUCGGAAGCACAAGCCCACCUUGCAGCCCUUGACGACCGGUUCUCGCUUUUGUUCGGUCGGCUGCCUUGUGGUCCCUUCGAUAACUUAUCAAAGUCGUCGAUCGAUCAAGUCGCGGAGCCUUUCCGAAACUUAUGCUGCAGUAUCCUUGGCCAACAAGUCAGCUGUCUGGCUGCCCGAUCUAUCACUUAUAAAUUCAUCAAACUUUUCCAGCCUGAAUUGCCGCCAAAGUUAGAGCCUAACACGAGACCGUCCGAGUUCCAAUUUCCUUCCCCAAGCGACGUGCUUCAUACUCCAGUACUCACCCUUCGCACGGCCGGACUCAGCCAACGCAAGGCCGAGUACAUUCACGACUUGGCCCAAAGAUUUGUCGAUCGUCGACUCGACCCUCAAGCGCUGCUCACGAUGGAGCCAAGGAUGGUGGUUAACGAGUUGUGCAAAGUGCGAGGAAUUGGUCGAUGGACCGCUGAAAUGUUCUUGAUCUUCUGCGUCAAACAUCCUGAUAUUUUGCCUCAUGCGGAUCUAGCGAUCCAGAAAGGCAUCCUGAGAUGGUACACCACUGCCUUGCUUCCCCUCAAGGCUGAGGAAGGUAGGGGAUCGAAGAAGGAGGCAGAAGAGGGAAACGCCGGACUAUCAACUCCACCAAUCCCUGUCGGCUGUCCUCUUUCACGCCAAGAGCUGAGCAGACGUCUCACCAAGCCUCUGAAACCCGGGCUCUUCUUAACACCGCUUGAAAUGGAGCAAUUGACUGAACAGUGGAAGCCUUACCGGUCUCUUCCAGUCUGUUACAUGUGGUCGUUAACGGGCUUCAUACCGGAAUGUUAA